UAAUUUUUAUCAUUUGUGCAUUUUUUUUUUUUGUUGUUAUUUUUAUUUUUUUACUUUUUUUUUCUUUUUAACAUCAAUACAAUGACACCUUUCUCUUUCAUUGUGUUCUUUUUCUUCUUGUUUUCUUUUUGUAAGGCAACUCAAGAUGUGAUUACCGCUGCUGCCAUGGCUCGAAGAUUAGUAAAAGAUACUGGUAUAGGUAGUAUGUUGACUCUUAUGGAUGCAGAUGUGAAUGAAGAAUUUCAAGGAUUUCCUUUUGGAUUGAUGGAAUAUUAUGCUGAUGGUUGUACAGAACAAGACAAUGGUGAUCUUUUACUCUUUAUGUCUGAUUUGCAGAUGAAUGCUAGAAAUGCUCGUCAUGCUGAACAAAAAGUAGGAUUUACCAUUCGAGCAUUGAAAGAAUACAAUGAUCCUAUUGGAAAUAUAUCCACACCUGUACAACAACCUCGUUUAACUUUGGUGGGUGAAGUGGAUCAUCUACCAGAAUCAUUGCGGAAACAAAAUAUGGCAUGUUUUAGACAAACUCAUAAAGAGGCCAGUGCUUGGUAAUCAACAAACAAGAACAAAUAAUAGGAAAUCCAUUUAUUUUUAUUUUUAUUAUUGUAGGGAUCAAUUUCAUGAUUUUCAUUUUUAUAGAUUCAAGGUACAUGGUAUCUACUAUGUUGGUGGAUUUGGUGGUAUCAAUUAUAUUGGUUGGAUCCCUCUUCAUUUGUACCAAAAAGAAGCCAAGACCCUUUCAUUUCAUAGACAGGAUCCCCUUCUUUAGUUAUAUAUAUAACAAUAAAAAAAAAAG